AACUUACUCAUGUAACCAAAUACCACCUACUCCACAAAAACCCAUGGAAAUAAAAAUUUAAAAAAAGAAAAAUUAUUUCCCAACUUUUGGCUUCCUAGCACUGUGUUUGUAACUCUCUUCUAGAAUUUUCUCUUACUUUAUCUUCUGUUUUAAUCUUUUGUAUUCUAAUCUAAUCUAUGCAACAAAUCCUCAAGUUCUUUGGAGGCAGUGACUGUGUUUUACUCAUUUCAGUACUCUCUAAAGAGCAGACCACUGGGUCUGGAACCUAGAAGCACUCACAUAUUUUUUCAUAUGAAUUAUAAAGAAUAAGAAAAAGCAAAGAAUAAACUUGUUGAGGGUUAUGUACCGGCACUUAUAAUGGGUGCUUUCCCACAUGUUAUUUCAUUUAACCUUCACAACAUUUCUUCUAGAUAGCUAUUACUGUCCUCAUAUAACAGUUAAUGAAAUUGAGAUUGAUAGGUUACACUCAAAAAAAAAUCUCUUCCUUCCAAAGAAGAGUUUACAAUCUAAUAGGAGGUAUACUAUGUAUAUUAAUAAUAACAAAUGCAAUACAGGUAGUACAUAAAUAUACUGGUUCAAACAAGUUCAAAGGAAGUAAGAUUACGUGUAGUGCGAAUGAUUUGGGAAGAUUUUACAGAAAGGCCACACCUAAACUGAAUCAAUAUGGAUAGGAUACUGUCAAGAUAGAUGGAGAUAAUCAAGAGCAUUUUUAAAAGGCUAUAGUUUCAUUCUGACAGUUUUUCCUCUAAUCUCAGGCAAGCUCAGGCAAGUUCAUUCCCCAAUUAAACACUGGAAGACUAUAUUGAAAAGUUUUAUUUAAAAAAAGCAAUGAAAACAUAGAAUUUAAUUGGCAAAAAUUUAUAGCAAGUUUUUUAUUCAUAAUAUAAUAUAUAAGGCUUAAUAUUAAUAGAUAAUAUGUCUUGAGUACUUAAUAGGUGUCAGAAAUCUUUUAUGGAGUAUUUUCCAUGUAUUAUCUCAUUUAAUUCUUCCAACAUCCCAUAAUUAGUCUGAUAUCACAGAAAAGAAAUUAGGCCUAAAAAAGAGCCACACAACUCUUACAAAGAAUAACUUGAUUGUUGAGUGACCAAGGCAAGAAUCAGGUUUACAUGUAUCUGACUGCAGAGCCAGCUCACAAUGCUAUGAGUAGAACUUUCCCAAGCUAAGGAAGAUUUGUGUUCAAUCCAAAAAAGAAAGCUUAACUGGAGCAUAUUAAGUAUCAGUUAUCCACAUAUGAAGAACAUUCAGUGCUAUUUCAAGUCUGAAAUAAAUAUACAAGUAGUUAUUGCAAAAGAUAAAAAUAAAAUUCCCCUUAGCUGUUCUCAACCACUGUGCUUUUAUUACUCCCAGGAAGAAUAAAUAUAAACCCUUAAUAUGCUGUCACUCCUACUCAAUUCCCUUUAUCCUUUUUUAAUCUACUGUUUCCUGGUUCCUUUAAUUUCAGUUCCUCAUCCCUCCAGAUUAUGCUUCUUAAUAAACAAAUCCCAGGAUUUACAUCUCUAAUACUAUUUGAUGGUAACGAUAAAAGCUUCAAUUAAGCUUUCAAUGAUGAUCUCCCACUGCUAUGAUGGCAGCUACACAAUCCAAAAGAAUUAUUCAAUUCAUUGAAUACUUACUGACUCAGCUGUCUUGGAAAGUAUGAUAAAUGUGUUCAGCAUAAUCCCCUUUGAUACUUAACAACUAAAUCUUUAGAGUGAGUAAGAUAAGGAAGUUCGCUAAGAUAUUUCAGUAAUUUACUAUGCUAUCUUUAUGCAAAUAUUUUGGUCUUAAUGCAAAUCCUGAGUUAAGAGAUAUAUAAAUACCAUUUGUACAUUUCCAAAAGGUUUAUUAUACCAUGUGCAAAAAUGGUGUUCAGUCUGAAGGUGAUUCUCUUCCUAUCUUUGCUUCUCUUGCCUGUUUUGAAAAGCUCACGGGUAACUUUAAAUAACAACGGAUAUGAUGGCAUUGUCAUUGCAAUUAAUCCCAGUGUACCAGAAGAUGAAAAACUCAUUCAAAACAUAAAGGCAAUGGUAACUGAAGCUUCUGCUUAUCUGUUUUAUGCCACCAAACGAAGAGUUUUUUUCAGGAAUGUAAGCAUUUUAAUUCCAAUGACCUGGAAAUCAAAGCCUGAGUACUUAAUGCCAAAACAAGAAUCAUAUGACCAGGCAGAUGUCAUAGUUGCUGAGCCUUCCCUGAAAUAUGGAGAUGAUCCCUAUACACUUCAAUAUGGACAAUGUGGAGAAAAAGGAAAAUAUAUACAUUUUACUCCAAACUUCUUGUUGACUAAUAAUUUGCCUAUCUAUGGGACUCGAGGCAAAGUAUUUGUCCAUGAGUGGUCCCAUCUCCGGUGGGGAAUAUUUGAUGAGUAUAAUGAGGACCAGCCAUUCUAUAUUUCCAGAAGAAACACUAUUGAAGCAACAAGAUGUCCCACUCAUAUUACUGGUGCUAAUGUGGUUCUGAACUGCAAGAAGAGCAGAUGCAUAACACGACCAUGCAGACGUGACUCAAAGACGGGGCUGUAUGAAGCAAAUUGUACAUUUAUCCCAAACAGAUCCCAGACUGCCAAGGACUCCAUUAUGUUUAUGCAAAACCUUGAUUCUGUGACUGAAUUUUGUACUGAAGAAACACACAACACAGAAGCUCCAAACCUACAGAACAAAAUGUGCAAUCACAAAAGCACGUGGGAUAUAAUCAUGCGCUCUGAAGAUUUUCAGGAUUUAUCUCCCAUGACAGAAAUAAAGUCACCACCUCAUCCUACAUUUUCAUUGCUCAAGUCCAAACAGCGUGUAGUCUGUUUGGUACUUGAUAAAUCUGGAAGCAUGGCUGCAGAAGACCGUCUCUUUCGAAUGAAUCAAGCAGCAGAACUGUACUUGAUUCAAAUUAUUGAAAAAGGGUCCUUCGUUGGGAUGGUCACAUUUGACAGUCAUGCUCAAAUCCAAAAUAAUCUCAUAAAAAUAACUGAUGAUAACACUUAUCAAAUGAUCACUGCAAACCUGCCUCAAGAAGCUCGUGGUGGCACUUCAAUUUGCAAUGGACUUAAAGCAGGAUUUCAGGCAAUUUCCCAGAGUAACCAGAGUACUUUGGGUUCUGAAAUCAUAUUACUAACAGAUGGGGAAGAUGAUCAAAUAAGCUCAUGCUUCGAAGAGGUAAAACAAAGUGGUGCAAUCAUCCACACCAUUGCUCUGGGACCAUCUGCUGAGAAAGAACUGGAGACCCUGUCAAAUAUGACAAGAGGACAUCGUUUUUAUGCCCAUAAUGACAUAAAUGGCCUUAUUGAUGCUUUCAGCAGAAUUUCAUCUAGAAGUGGUAGCAUCUUUCAACAGGCUCUUCAGUUGGAAAGUAAAGCUUUGAAUAUCCCGGAGAAGAAAUGGGUAAAUGGUACAGUGCCUGUGGAUAGUACAGUUGGAAAUGAUACUUUUUUUGUUGUCACAUGGACAAUACAAAAGCCAGAAAUAAUUCUUCAAGGUCCAAAAGGGAAAAAAUUCACUACCUUGGAUUUCCAAGAAGAUAAACUAAAUAUUCGGUCUGCUCGUCUUCGAAUACCAGGUAUUGCAGAGACAGGCACUUGGACUUACAGCCUUCGAAAUAAUCACGCCCAAUCUCAGUUGCUAACUGUCACAAUGACCACUCGAGCAAGAAGCCCUACCACACUCCCAGUAAUUGCAACUGCUCACAUGAAUCGAAAUACAGCUCAUUACCCUAGCCCAAUGAUUGUUUAUGCACGAGUCAGUCAAGGGUUUCUGCCUGUUCUGGGAAUCAAUGUAACAGCCAUUAUAGAAAAUGAAGAUGGACGUCAAGUAACAUUGGAGCUCUGGGACAAUGGUGCAGGUGCUGACACUGUCAAGAAUGAUGGCAUCUACUCAAGAUAUUUUACAGAUUACCAUAGAAAUGGUAGAUACAGUUUAAAAGUGCAUGUCCAGGCAAGAAAAAACACAGCUAGGCUAAGUUUAAGACAACAACAGAAUAAAGCUCUGUACAUACCGGGCUAUGUUGAAAAUGGAAAAAUUAUACUGAACCCACCCAAACCUGAAGCCAAAGAUGAUGUGGCAGAAGCUCAAAUAGACGACUUCAGCAGACUCACCUCUGGAGAGUCAUUUAUUGUAUCAGGAGUACCGCCUAAUAGUAAUUCUUCUCAGGUGUUCCCACCUGGUAAAAUUGUAGACCUCGAGGCUAAGUUUCAAGGAGAUCAUAUUCAACUUUCAUGGACUGCCCCUGGCAAGGUCCUCGAUAAAGGAAGAGCUGACAGCUACAUCAUAAGAAUAAGUAAAUAUUUCCGGGACCUCCAACAAGAUUUUGAUAAAGCUGCUUUAAUAAAUACUUCUGGUCUGAUACCUAAGGAGGCUGGCUCAGUAGAAAAUUUUGGAUUUAAACCAGGAUAUUCUAAAAUAGAGAAUGGCACCACAUUCUAUAUUGCAAUUCAAGCCACCGGUGAAGCCAGUCUCACCUCAGAGGUUUCAAACAUUGCACAAGCAACUAAAUUCAUUCCUCCACCAAAACCCAGCAGUCCUGAUCUGGGUACCAAUAUUUCUGCCAUCAGUUUUGUAAUUUUUGGAUUAGCUGUGAUUUCAUAUAUAUUUUAAACUAGAAAUUAUAUUACAACUCAAAUUCAAGGUUAUACACAUUUGGUAAACAUUUAUUAGAAUUUACUAUACUUAUUGUCUAUUAUAAAGAUCAUUAUAAUGUAAAAGUUAAUGUGUAAAAGUUGUAAGUUUCCUAAUUACUUGAUUAACACUACUUGAGUUGUUAAAUAUUAAUCAAAAUGAGUAUACCAUUUUCUGUUUUUGAAUAAUCUAUUAAUUUUUAAUAUGAAAAGAUCCAUAUUUGUACUUGUAAGCAUUUUAAGAAACACUUUUAGAGUGUGCUACAAAUUCAUUUAGUAUACUAAUGUCAAAAUAUAUCUAAGCCAUUUGAAAAAUAUUUAUAUAUACAUAAUAGCAAAUAAUUUUAUAGAUUUAUUUGUAUCACAUUUUUUAUUAUGAAUACUUUAUGUUUACAUAAACUGUAAUCAAAAAGGACUAGUAGUAGUAGUAAGAAAGUCAAAUUUGUUUUUUAUUUAUUGAUUAUAAGUAGUGUAUUUGUUUUUUAUCAUUGAUUAAAAGGGAUUUUAGCCCUA